GAUGAGGUAGAGCAGAAAGUUUCUGCAUCAUGACCCUGGACAAUCCUUCUCAGAUCCUCUGUGAGUUCUUUAUCUCAGGCUGUUUAUAAUGUCACCACCGCCGCUGUGAAUUGCGCGUGAACUUCGGUUAUAACCCCCCACCCGAGCACUCUGCGUUUCCAUGAACCCCACAGCACGCGCGCUUCCGCCGCGGUUGCACACGUCCGUCGUCGUGAAUCUCGCUCACGUCGAGUCUCAGCUCGGGGAGUCCCCGUCGUCGUCGUUGUCACCGUCGCAGGAGGCAGCGACGCUCGAGAGAAUCGGCGGGCGCCUAUUUAUAUUCCGGUACUGUCCGGUACGGCAUGGGAGCAGCAGCCCCGUCCUUAACGGAGACUGAGAUCGGACCAGCUUCUCUCUCUCUCCCUCGCGUGCACAGAAAGAGCAAUGAAUAACAAGAAGAACAACAACUGUAGGCGUUUCUAAACAACUUAAUUUUCGUGUCACUGCUCUCUCUCUCUCUCUCUCUCUCUCUCUCUCUCUCUCUCUCUCUCUCUCUCUCUCUCUCUCUCUCUCUCUCUCUCUCUCGUGUCCUCUCUUGUGAUUGUUCGCGCGAUGGAAGGAGCGGUAGCGCGUGCUUUUCUGCUUCUCCUGUCCCUCUCGGUCGGUGCCCAGUGCGGCGCGCUCGCGUUCACCGAGGAGCCCGGAGACAGAGCGCACAAAUCGGACGGAUUUUGCAGUUGGAUCAUACGAGCGCACGGCGCGAGGAAGGAGCUAUACACCGAGUUUCGGCUCCGCGUCGAAGGAGAACCGGAGAGCUAUCAGCCUGGGAGCACGUACAGAGUGACUCUGUACGCCACCAACCCCGCUUACUUCAGAGGCUUCACACUCAUUGCUUUGAAGGAAGGACAGAAUGGGGAAAAAGAGGAGGAUUACGCUGGGAAUUUCCAGAUCAUCGAUGAAGAAGACACACAGUUUAUGACUAAUUGCCCCCCCGCCGUGACCGACAGCUCCCCACGCAGAAGGACUAAAAUCCAAGUGUUUUGGACGGCGCCCCCCUCAGGCAGUGGCUGCAUACUGCUCAAAGCGAGCAUCAUUCAGAGGAAGGUCAUCUCUUUCCAGGAUGAAGGUUCUCUGACAAAGCGUCUGUGUGAAAAAGAGUCGUUGUAUGGUGAGGUCACUGAAAAGCCUCUGCUGGAUUGCUGUGCCUGUGGAACAGCCAAGUACAGAGUGACCUUCUAUGGGAACUGGUCCGAAAAACUGCACCCCAAAGACUACCCCAGACGAGCCAAUCACUGGUCGGCCAUCAUCGGUGCGUCACACUCCAAGAACUACGUGCUGUGGGAAUACGGCGGUUACGCCAGCGAAGGAGUGAAACAGGUAGCGGAGCUGGGCUCGCCCAUCAAGAUGGAGGAGGAGAUUCGACAGAAGGGUGACGAGGUGCUGACGGUCAUUAAGAUGAAGGCACAGUGGCCGGCGUGGCAGCCUCUCAACGUGCGGGCCGCUCCCUCAGCAGAGUUCUCAGUGGACCGAACCCGUCACCUCAUGUCCUUCCUGACCAUGCUUGGGCCGAGUCCCGACUGGAACGUGGGUCUCUCGGCUGAAGAUCUCUGUACAAAGGAGUGCGGAUGGGUGCAGAAGCUCAUCCAGGACAUGAUCCCGUGGGACGCUGGGACUGACAGCGGGGUCACCUAUGAGUCUCCUAACAAGCUGACGAUUCCUCAGGAGAAGAUUCGUCCUCUUACGAGUCUGGAUCAUCCUCAGAGCCCGUUUUAUGACCCAGAAGGUGGAGCUAUAACUCCGGUGGCCAGAGUGGUGGUGGAGAGGAUCGCUCGCAAGGGUGAGCAGUGCAAUAUCGUGCCUGAUAACAUCGACGACAUCGUGGCAGACAUCGCUCAGGAGGAGAAAGAGGAAGGUCUGUGUUGUCGUCGUCUUCACCAGGAACUUGGUGUCUACAAAGUUCAAAACUGUUGCUAUAGAAACGACGACACUCCAGAGACGUGUAUUUACUCCAACUGGUCUCCGUGGUCAGCCUGCAGCUCCUCCACCUGUGAGAAAGGCAAGCGGAUGAGGCAGAGGAUGCUGAAGGCUCAGCUGGACCUGUCUGUCCCCUGUCCACACACACAGGACUUUGAGCCGUGUAUGGGGCCCGGCUGCAGUGACGAGGAUGCGUCGACGUGUAUGAUGUCCGAAUGGAUCACGUGGUCCCCGUGCAGUGUGUCCUGCGGCUCGGGCGUCCGGUCCAGAGAGCGCUACGUAAAGCAGUUUCCUGAAGACGGUUUUUCCUGCACGCUCCCGACUGAGGAGACCGAGCCAUGCACCGUCAACCAGGACUGCUCUCCUAGCAGUUGUCUGGUGACUGAAUGGGGUGAAUGGGACACCUGCAGUGCCACCUGUGGGCUGGGCAUGAAGCGACGUGAGCGUAUGGUCAAAAUGCCGCCGUCCGACGGCUCGAUCUGUGAAGCUGAGGUGGUGGAGGUGGAGAAGUGCAUGAUGCCCGAGUGUCAUACCAUCCCGUGCUUGUUGUCUCCGUGGUCUGAUUGGAGUGACUGCAGUGUGACAUGCGGUAAAGGAAGUCGCACCAGACAGCGCAUACUCAAAUCCCCUGUGGAGCUGGGAGAGUGCAGCGAAGAGCUGGAACAAGUGGAGAAAUGCAUGCUUCCAGAGUGCCCUUUAGACUGUACAAUGUCUGAGUGGUCUGAAUGGACUGAGUGUAAUAAAUCAUGUGGGAAGGGUCACAUGAUCCGGACAAGGAUGAUAAAUAUGGAGCCUCAGUUCGGGGGCGAUGCUUGCCCCGAGACUGUCCAGAGGAAGAAGUGCAAGAUCAGGAAAUGUAAUCAAGGAAGCACAAACAGUGAUGAGAGAAAGAAACGCAAAGAAGCCAGAAGGAAGAGUAAGACCACUCAGGGCAGGGAGGAGUGGAUCGACGAGCUUGCAGGGUGUAAAAUGAAGCCAUGGUCUGGAUGGAACGACUGCACCAAGUCAUGUGGUGGAGGGAUACAAGAGAGGCUCAUGACCUCCAAGAAGAGAUUCAAGAGCACACAGUUAACCAGCUGCAAAGACAGGAAGGAGAUCCGGGCCUGCAAUGUCCAUCCCUGCUAAGUGGCGCAGAGGAUCAUGGGAAGGGACACGAUGUGAUGGGGAAAAGGAAGGGGAAGGGGAAGGGGCGGGGUCGAGUGUCCAUCACAGCUCUCUAUCUCUGGUUCAGUGGGAUCUUUCAGCCUGUUUAGGGUUGGCAACCGUUUGGGAAUUUUUUUACAUUUUCCUUUGAUUUGAUUUUAUUUUAUUUUUUUACUAGAAUGUAGUAUAGUGGUAAUCUGUCAUAUAAAAGACCCGCAGAACGACGUUUAGAGUCCAUGUUGAAGUUUAAUCUAAAAUUUUGAUUUGUAUUUUGUAGUUUUGUUUAAGUCGUAAGAUUCAGUAACUCGACGCGACGAAGACGUCGAAGGAUUUUUGUUUUCGUUUUCUUUUCCAAUCAGUAAAAAAUUUCAUUCCGGUCUCCUCGAUCCCGUCUGUAUUAUAAUAACGAAAUUAAUAACAACACUGGAUGCAGUAACCUGUGCAAAAGUUUACACACCCGUUAGGACAAAAAUAAAGACACAGGAUGUAAUAUCACAGGAUUCAUUGAAACUUUCUUAUUCUGCUUCUGAAACGUGAUCGAAGAGAAUUGCUUCAAUUAAAAAAUAAAUAAAUAAAUAAAUAAACAUUUUUGGGAAACUUUUACAAAGCAAUUCUCCAGACAAUAAUUAUAUUUGAAUAUUCGUUUGUUUGUUUAUGUAUUCAGAUAAACUGUUCAGUUAUUAAUACAAUAAAUGUCCACUAUUGUUUUGUCUGGAUUUUAUUUUCUAGUGUUAAAGACUGAAAUACGGUUCUUUGUUAGACGUUCGGAUUAAAUUCACGCUUAUAAAUUGGAUAAAAGUGUCUCUGAAUUGAACUUAAUGAUGAUUUCAGUGUACGAACGGCACAAAACCGGACCAAAGACGGGAACAUUUGCUGGCACAAAUAUCGUUCUUACCCUGUACACUUAAAAAAAAAAAAAAAAAAUCUAUCGAUUGAUCAUUAAUUCUUAUUAUUCAACAUUUUUAAUGUGUAAAGUAUGAACCAGAGCCAUAAGACCUGUGAGGUCCAGACCUCAUGUUUCUAGCCACAGCUAAAAUCUAAAAGCAUUAGCAUCCAGGUUUUUAAGCUAACUAGCAGCAUAAGAACAUGCAGAGUUUGUAUUAUUAUGUGAAACUGCUAGUGUGAAAUUUAAUUCAAGUUUUGUUUAAAAAUAUAUUUGAAUAAUUUUAUGACAACUGGCCACUUUGGAUACGAACCUGUUUUAAGACCUUCGUCCGAAUCAGUGGUAGAUUUUAGCCGGUCGAAGACGUAACGGUAGCAUUUUCUUGGUUCACGUGAAAAUCGAAGCACGUCUCAACAUCCGUUUUCUAAACCGAAAGAUUAUUUCUAUGAAUGUCCGUUUUGAAUCCAUCUUCGUACUGUGAUCACACCGUUUUAUGUCGUUUUAUUCUACGCCUUUAUUUUUAUUUUUCUCCUUUUAUCGAGUGUAUCCGAUAUUCCUACCAAAGUGUUGUGUCGAUCUUUUCUAGUUGUUUGUUACCAUGUUUGUUCCCUGACAUAAAAAAAAAAAAGAAAUAUUCGGAAUAUUUUGGAAUAUGCCAUCUUUACAAUAAAAGUGAUUGUGAUCA